AUGCAAGGCCCCCGCGAGCCGGAGAAGGUUCAAGGACUCGCCAAUCCCUGCGCCGCCUGCAGGCCGGAGUCCGUCUCUCCAGGAAGGCGAGCGAGUGAGGCGGCGGCGGCGGUGGGCGGGCCAGAAGCAGCGAACAGGCGGACGGGGAGGCAGGCGCUGGAGCAGCUCCUCCGCCUCGCCAGCCACACAAUCCCCGCCCCGGGCCCGCCGAAUAAGAGCGCGGGGCGGGGCGGCCGGCCUCUCCUCUCUGGCUGGCUCGCCGUCGCAGCGUCGCCGGCGGCCGGGACGCGGCCCCUCAGGCCCCGGCACCCUGGAAGGCAGGUAGGCGAGCAAGCGAAGGGGCGCCGCCGCCGCCGCUGCGGCAAGGAGAGUAAGGUCGGGGUGGGCUGGGCUGAGGAGAGGCCGCCGCCGGCUGCGGAUGCGCCAAGAAGGCGCGCGCUUUGCACCUCGGAAGAGCCCCGUGAGCAGAGCCGGUGAGAAACGAAGGGCUGGGUGAGGCUCCGGCGAGAGCCGUGCCCGCGAGGCGAGGAGGUCUAGCGGCCGAGGAGCCGCGCGCGCCCGGCGACCGAGGUGCAGCGCACCGCCUGUGUGUGUAUCUGCGGGCGCGCGCGGGCGCUUGUAAACACUUGGGUUGUGUGUACGUUUGUCUCCCUUCGUUACACGCCGCGGGAUUCUGGCGGUCCGCUUCGUUGGUGCGAUGUAGCCCAAGCCUGAAAGGCAAACUGCCUUCGUGCUUUCAUGAAUAUUCUUUCCAGUGGUGCUUGUGUGCGCCCAUAAGUAGAUAAUACAUUUGCAUUUAGAAAGUGCGUGUGUUGUUGUUUUUUUCCUCAAGUGCCGGUCUGAAAAAUCCUAUUCCAGCUUGUGUAGGUUAUAUACAUUUAUGUUAAGUGUGUCUUAAGUGUGUCUGUACGGACUGAGCAUAAAUCAUGUGCAUAUGUGUUUUUUUUUAUAUGGCAUGUGCUCAGAAAUGCCAGCCUUGCAACACAUGCGCCAGGCUUUAGAACACACACUCUCUUCUCUAGCUUCUGGAUAGUAGGUUUUUUUAAAAAAAGCUGCUAGAGUACACCAAUAGUUAUGUAGUAUUGUGUGGCCUCUCUUAAGACUGUUGUACUUAGAUGGGCACAUUAUUUUGCAAUUGUAUAUGCAGUAAGGUGUUGUCUAGGUUGUGCAAUAUAUGCUACAUACAAUAUGAAGUCCAGACUUAUAGACGCAAUCCAUGUGUGUUUGUUUAUUUCAGUGUGGCAUGAGGGUCUUUGAUCUUGCGCUGCUCUCUGUGCUUUGCGUAGGGAGGCGUCAUGUACUAUUUUUUUCCCUUGCAAGAAAAUGCCAAACAUUUCUACACAAUGGCAGGCCUUUGUAGGUAGCAACGUUGUUUAGCUACACCACACUCUGUGUUUCCCAUGGUCUUGCAGAAAGAAAUGGCAAAGCAUUAAAACAAAGCAGGUGCCGCCCCACUGCAAGUUUAAUUUCAGCGAAUAAGGUGACCGAAAUUAGUUGCCUGCUGCUGUGCAGCCUCUGCCUCUCAGUCUGCUGAAAUGCAUCUCUGUCAUCGCUGAGCUAGAGUACUGAAGCUGUGCCAAGGAAUAGUGCUGAAGCGUAGUUUGUGUGCUGUCUCCCUCUCUCUGAGUGUGCUUCAAUGACUCUCCUUGGUGCUGCUGCUUUGACUCAUUGUCCAUAAAAGGAAGUAGCACUAUGGAGAGCUCUUGGCAGCCAUGGAUUUCUCUGCAUGACAGACUGGAAUCUUUCUGACCCCAUUCUCAUGAAGCCUGAUCUUCACCGUUGCAUACCGUUUUCAUUGCAUCUCUGUUCCGCAGAAGCUCCUUCAUGUUGGUGACCAGGAGCCACGCAUGGCAAAAGAGAGGUUGUAGCUUCUAAGGAAGUUAAAGGUUAACACCUUUAUUCAACAGCAAUGAUAAACCAUGGUGGUUGCCCAAGUACAAAAUAUUUUCAGAUUAUACAACUGUUAUAUAUUUCUAGCAAAGGUCCCCUUUGCUGCCACCUUAAGCUACCCAUAUUUAUGCAUAUUUUGAAAUUCCAGAAACCUCUGUUCUAAAGCAUUAUCAGCAACACGACUAGAAGUGUGAAGGCCUGGGAAAAUCCAUGGGAAAACUGAUCCCCUCCCCAAAAGCCUUUUGUUUUGCUUUGUUUUUUUCUGAAAAAAGAGUUAUUAAAUAUUUUGUUCAUAAUUCUAAAAUAAAAUAUUUCAUAACAGCUUGUAAUAUAUUUAGUACUCUCCCCAAAUAAGAAUUCUAAAACUGUGUAACCGGAGGACUUAUGUAAGACUGUGUACAGUAUCAUAUCCUUACAAUUCCAGUAUACUAAGAACAGACAAGUUCUGAGUUGUACUUUGAGAGUUCAACUCUCAAAUGCAAAAUGAAGAUGCAUUUCUGCCUCUUGAAGGGCACAGCCAUUGUCACAGCACAGGGGAGAAAGAGCCAGUACCCUAUUUGCUUGUGGACUUGGCCUUGCUGGCAUAGUUAGUGGAUCAUUUUCUUUCCUUCUGACUAGGCCUCAAAAGUUCUGGGAGUGGCAGAAAGUACAGAGCAAAAUAAUUUUGUUGCAACUCAAUUCAUGCUGCUACAGAUCCUUUGGACCCAAGAUUAAAAGGCAGAAUGUUAAGUGAUGAUGGCUUCCUCAUUUGACUGGAUUACAAAACAGGCAGUACACCUGGGGCUUGGUGUCGGAAAGAUGCUUUGAAAUGUUGCAGAGCACAGAACAUUUUCAGGUGUUUGGUCAAGGAGUCUGGGAUUCUGCCAAGCAAUAUUCCUCCUACAACGAAGAGACAAGGCCUUUGCUCAACACAGCCUCUGAGUCUUCAUGUUUAUUACCUACUUCAGAUCCCUCCAUUUUUUGCAGCAUGUAAAAUAAGCUGCCCUAUGUUUGAAAAUGCACCAAAUCAAGAAAUAAACUGACAUGUUGAAAGAGUAGAAGCAUGUUUCAGUCUGGGCAAAUCUUCAAUUGUUGGAAGCCCAUGAUUAAUACAAUAACAAAUAAGAAGAAAGAGAACUGAUAGUGAUAGCUUAGAAAAAGAGACUGAUUAAAUUCCAUGUAAUACUCAAUUCAUUUCAUCCUCCAUCCCCUUUUUCUCAGCUCUUUAUAUGGAAAUGGAUGGUUUAUGUCUGCUUGACACAGUGGAGAACUGGAGGUGAUAAAAUAAUUUCCCAAUAAAUAAUAAUUUGUUUUGGUUGUGUUUGGAUGUUGAUGGUUUCUGUUUUUGCCUGUUCCUCAUAAACAGGCAAAACCAAAGAGAUGUUAGGUUCCUUACAGUUUGGCAGUAGCUUGUAGCUAAAUUUCUAACAAAAACUUAAAAACAAAUUCAAUUUGUAAUUAUUGUCUAAAUAAGCUAUACUGCUAAUUUAUCAGACAUGAGAAUUACAUGGUAAACCGAGUUAUGUAUAAUACAUUUUAUGUUACCAAAGUAACAAAUUGACUUUCAAUAUGUAAAGAAUGCUUUUAAAAAAGGGAAUAUUUCAUGUUUUCAUCCCCCCCCCCAAAAGGUUCAUUUUCCCACAGCUACAAAGUUUCCAGAAAUUUUGCAUCUCAAAUCAUAACCCACUUGGAUGCAAAAAUCCUGAGUUCUCUUUAGGCCCAGAAGCUCUGUAUACAACUAGCAAAAUCCAAAGACUGUCUUGAGCAUUCUGUUUAUGGGGAGUGUAGUGUAUUGUGUCAUCUUCACUAUCUCACUUGCAAUACAUUUGUGCACAUUUCUGGAGCACCAAUGAAGCAAAAGUUUUAUCAUAGAAUCAUAGAGUUGGAAGGGUCAUCUAGCUGAACCCCGUGGAAUGCAGGAAACUCAGCUAAAUCAUCCAUGACAGAUGGUCAUCAGUGUACAAAUGCAAUUUGAUUUGCAAGUUGCAUUAGGCCUCUUCUGGUAACUAAUGUGUGAGUACAUGCUGGCUGACCUUUCAUACUAGACACUGGCACCAAUCCAGAGGUGACCCAAUGAGGGGGAUAUAGGGCUCCACUGUUGUAUAUUUACUGGGUUUUUAUCCCAGCCUUCCUCCAGAAGGAGCCCAGGGCAGCCAUACAACAUUAAGUUAAAUAAUACACAAACUAAAACACAAACCAGCAACCUCAAAGGCUUCUAAAAACUUCAGGUACUCAAUGCCUGGGUGAAUUAAAACAUUUUGAGAUUCACUAGAAAGGGAGUUCCAUAAUCAGGUUGCUGCAGAAAAGCCAAUCUGUAAGUCUCCUCACCUGCCUUUUCUGCGUACUGUCCAUUUGUGGCACCACUAUAUGAAUCUACUGUGUUAAUGGGUGAGUGUUUCUAUCUCAGUGAAGGGAGCCCUGCGCAUAUAGCACCCAUAUGCACACCCCACACCCAGACCCUGCUUCAGAAUGACACUGACUGUAGAAGUCUGCAUCUAUGGAGUGGGGCUAGCUGGUGCCAUCUUGGAAGCCCCUCUGUGGAGUUUUAAUGCACGGGUGCUAAAUGACUCAAGGGGUUUAAUCUGUGUGAUUACGGUGGUUAAGUGUGCAUUUCAUCAAAAGAAACACUGCAAGCCCCGGUUGUGAAAAACUAUCACAGUUAAAAGAAACAGCCAGAGUUGUUAUGCUGCAGGUCUGAUUUGAAAAAGCUAUUUAUAGUAUUUUGUUAUAUGUGCCAGAGUUUGUGUCUGGGGUGCUUAAUGCAGCCGGAAUGAUAUAUCCUGUGUAUACAGAUCCAUGCAGAACUGUCUAAUCAAAUACAGGCAAGUGGUUCUGCUUGGCAAAUCCCACAAAACGCAAGCAUGCGCAUGUAUGACGUAAAAAGCUUUCAGUCAUUGGGUUUGAAUGUAACUACACGCUGCAAGCAUUAGGAAACAUCUGUUGCUUAGGGAUUGUAGUGGCAAGGGACUAAGGCUAGCCAAAAUGAUCCCAUUUUUCACAGUGAACCAGUUUAAAUAAUCACCUGUGUGAGAAACAUAAUUGUUCCAUGUAUAUUUUUCGUGGCAAAUAAAAUGAGGGAAAACGUUUCUGUUGCUUUUCUCACCAGUAUUGAUACCUUAUAUAGGCCUAAGAGAUCUGUGCUUUUCUUAGGACAGUAUGGACAAGUUGCAGUAUUUAGAGGAGAUAAUUCCAUCAUCACUUGAGAGUAUGUAAACAAGGAAUUCCAUGACGUUUUCAACCACAUCCUCAUGUCUGACAGUCUUGGGUCAUUCACAGGUUACUGUGCUUCUUGAUAGAACUGUGGACCAGUGGUGCUGACUACCUUCCUAUUCUUAACAACAUUGGCUAUCACACUGUGUACAUUAUCUGGGAUUCUCCUCUAAGGAGAUGGACAGUGACAGAAAACUGACUGCCCAUGCAACAGUUUUUGGGGACUUCAGUGACUGCUAUCCCUUUCAAAGCCAAAACAUGACUGCCCUAGAUUCAUGGAUAGAUAUGUAUGUUGUGUGUCCUGGAAGCUUCUGGAGCAGUUGAUUGCAUGUGAAAUCCCAGCCCAUUUCUUGUCCUGGCUGACGCUUCCUUUUCAAUCUUUUGGGAGAGAGCUCGUAGUCAAGAAAGUUGUUUUCGGUUGUAUGGGCUACAGGAGAGUAACAAAAUGCUAUUUGUCUGUAGUGAAUAGUGCCAAGGUGAGAACAAGGUUAUCAAUAAUAAUCUGUCUUCUCCCCCAUCCUCAACACUUCCUCAGUCACCUGUCAACAUGAAGUUCUCUUUGUUUAUACACAUCUCUGGGCUCACAAGUGUUUCUCUGUGUGUAUAUGUGUGCAUUAUUUUGCUGUCAUAUAUAGUUAUGCAAAACUUCAUCCUGUCUACCUAUUAGAUAUGCCACAUACAUACUUUGUACACUUUGUACCUGCAUGUGCAAUACAUGUAGAACUGAAUGCACACAACCACACUCUUAGUGUCAGCUGUCAUGCCAAAUACCAAAGAUCUCUGUAUAAAAACACGUCGCACAUCAACACAUGGAAAGCAAGUGUCCUUCCAAUAUUAUUUGUACAGUAAAGCAGGAGAAAAUGAGCAAAUAUUACAAAAGCUUGUCAGUAUGGGUGGGAGUUCUGCAGCAGUAGUGAUGUAAAAAACUUCCCUAAUACCUAAUAGCCAUACCACAGCUUUCCAUUGUUGGGAACCAUGCUCAAGGCCAGAUUGAAAGCAAAAGUUGCAGUGUCUUAAAACAUCACUGGAAUGUAGGAGACAAUUGCAGCAGGUAACAGUCACUAUAAACAACAGAAUUAUCAGGUAAUCAGUUUCUGAACAGGUAAAUUAAAAUCCUGUCACAAUACAAGUACCUUAAGUUGACAAAUUGGCUUUUCCUCUGCCUGUAGUCGGGCUUCCAUGAAAGACUUUUAACAGAAUGCAUCCUCUGUGACACAAGUCAUGGGGGAAGUGUGGGUGUUCUACAUGUUUUCUGUCAUAUGUAACACACUAUGUGUGGCCCAUGGAUGUGUAAUAUUGGCAUGUCAGUGACCCACAGACUGGACAGGUGUGCUGCCGUCGUGCCAACGCUAUAUGUGUGUGGAUCAGUACUCAUGGCAGCUACGUUCAGCAUUAGAAAUUCACUAGGCGCCAGGUGCAUUUUGCACUUGGCUAUCAGACACUUGCAACCUAGUGAAGAUGCCCAGGCACCAGAAUGGUGCCUGACUUCUCCACCAUCUGGAGGUGUGUGCCUGGGGAUCCUUGAAUCUUGACUGUUUUCACACACUAGCAACAUAUCCUGGAGAAUUCUAUCCAUCAUAUUUUAUCUGAACAAUCAGAAUGAAUUUCAAGAACCAAAAAGUUGUAUGGAAAAAUAGGACUUCCAAGCCAUCUGGCCCAAAAACUGAAAAUAGGCAUUCCAUUUUGGUGACUGUAACCCUGGUUGAAGGAGCCAUUUGGCACCUAGCUUAUAUAUCUUAGUUUCUAACACUGGAAGUUUAAAUGUGACUGGGCAUGUGGGAUGUUUGCAUGUGUAUGCUUUUGCAUGCAGCAUGGGGCACGGAGGGCAAUGCCAUGAAAUGCCAUGCUUCCAUGAAUGACUUCUGCUUACACAACAUAAUUUCUUUCCCCCACCCACCCCCAUCUCACAGGGGGAGGCAGAGGGAAGGGAUGUUCAGUUGCACAAAUGAAAGUCCUUGUGCUGAUGGGAUGGCCUUGUUGUAUACAGCACAGAGUAAGUCGGGACUUAGUAAGAAGUCUGAAGAACUGCUGCUCUGAAUGAGAACAUAAUUCUGGUGCAGAAAGUGAGCCAAGUUGAUCUUGCUAGGCACCGUUGCCUAUAUCUGUACUCAGGGUAUUUAUUUUUAUCCCUCCAUUUAAGGCACCUUACAAUAAAAAUGUUAAAAACAAAACAAUUGAACCAAAAAAAAUAAGAGAAAAAUAGCAUCAUAUGAAAUCAUAUUUAGGAGUCCAGCAUAAAAUCAGUAAAAUGUCUGAUUUGUCAUUUGAACGUGCAGAUGCAUUAUAUUGAGAAUCCUGCCUCAUUAAGAUAUCAGGUGAUUUUUAGACUACAGCUUUCUCAAUUAAUCUAAAUCCUAUGGAUGUGAAAGCAUGUGCAGUAUAGAUUUGAAUAUUUUAAGGGUGUGUUUGGCGUUAUGGAAUAUGUGCUCAUUUUCAGCAUUUAUUUGUACUUGCCUUUCAGAGGACUUCAAGCCUUUUGAGGUGUUGAGGUGUAACUGGAAUAGAGAUUUAACAUCUGGUUAGUUUACAACCUUUCACUUUCAGAUUGACUGUUGGAGAUAAAUGUUAACCUCUAAUUUUGUACCUAUAGUCGAUCAGUAUAUUCUGCAAUCUUUCUUUGCCCUUCAGUAGUAAACUAACACAACUUCAGUCACUCUUAUUUAGUAGCAAUAUAUUUAUUUAUGUGUGUGUGUGUGUGUGUGUGUAAAAGCAUACCUAAUCUGUGUUGUGAUCUUGAGAAUGUUUCAGUACCAUUCCUCAAGGUUCUUAGUUUUGCCAUUAUAGUCAGAAACUGAAUCUCCAUUGUGAUGUAAAAUGCUUAUGAUACCAUUGUUUCCAGAGAUGCCUUUUCCUGCAUUCAUCUCAUGGGCUGCUAUCUCAUCAGACUGACACGAGGGAACUAUUUUAGAAUGAAUGUAGUUGGAGUCAGUCUGAGGCCAUACUGGACAAGACACCAUUCACAUAAUUGCUUUUUAAAAAGCAAGUGUGUGUGUCUGUAUAUGCAUGUGUGAUCCAGAUCAAGACCUGGUGGAGUAAGAAGGGCUUUAAUCCUUUUCACCCCCUUGUAUACCUGGCCCAGAUUGGGCCCUUUGCACCACCUAUUUGUAUUAAACUGUACUAAUGAAAGCUUUUCUUCAAAUGUUAAUAGAAGCUGUGGCCCCCACAGUUCAUAUUGGGACUGUAGUUGUGGGGCAGGCAGUGUAGAGGCUAAAGCCUCCCUAACCAUUAUCAAGGUCUGCUGUUAACUUACUCUUUUUUUUUUAAGUCAUUCACAUAAUUCAGUGGUUGCCAAUCGUUCUGGACCAGUGGCAUAUUUAGAAUUUUGGAGGCCAGUUACGAAAUGGCUGGAGGUGUGGCAUUACCAAAAUUUAGAUUGAAUGCAGUUUCCCCAUCACACCCCAUCCCUGGACAAAACGAUGAUGUUAGGUUUUGUGCAGUUUACUAACCUUCUAGUUUACAUUGGGGCGGUGAGUCUGUGUCCUUCCAGAUGCUGCUUGACUCCAGCUCCCAUCAUUCUUGGCCACUGAUGAUUCCAGCUGGGGCUGAUGGGAGUUGGAGUCCAGCAGCGUCCGAAAGGCUGCCCUGGUUUGUAUGAAAUGCAGCGCAGUUCUGUGCUCACAUACUCAGAAGUCGUUCCUGCUAUGUUCAGUGGGACUUAGUCCUAGAUAAAUGUUUAUAUAAAAUUGUGGCUUACAUUUUUUAAAAUCUGGAAACUAUUUCUGUCUUAACAUUUCCCCGAGGUUCAGGGCAAUCUUCUAUAGCAGGGGUGGCCAACUCUCAAGAGACUGCAAUCUACUUUCAGAAUUAAAAACUGGCAGUGAUCUAUCUCCAUUUUGGGGGUUUUAGGGGUUACAAAAAAAGCUUUUUGGGAGGGCAGUUCCAUUUUGGGGGGGGGGUUUAAAGGCAAGGGACAAAGGGGUAAAGUCACUCACAAAAAGAUCACUGUGGAUCAAAACAACAGCACAGAGAAAUCUCCGUCUAGAGAUCAUACAACAAUGGAUGGUGGGGUGAGGGGGCAUGGUAGGAGUCAGAGAUCCACCAUGGGGAUCUACCAGUAGAUCGCAAUUGACUUGUUGGACAUCCCUGUUCUAUAGUGUCUCCUUCAUGAAAGCACUUUUUGUAUAGGAAGUGUGUAUCUUCCAAGUCAGUAUGCUUACUCUCAUGUAACUGUGCUAUAAAACAAAAUGCUGCCUGUUCGUUUUGACCCUAGAGUCUGCUUGCUCCUAAACAACCCAGAAAAAACACACACCAUAAAAAUCCUUCCCAAACUGGCCAAGGCCCUUGAGAGUGGCACAGUUAUGUCCUUGUUCUCCCGACACAGGGCAGUGAUGGUUAUAAUCAAUGGACAAUUCUCUGCUGACAUUUGAAAUUGCAGUGGAACAGAGGGGAGGAGCAGAAGGUAUUUUCAGUAUAUACGACCCAAGCUUCAGUUUUCCUGGAAUAUAUUAGGAAGAUAGUGCAAAAUCUAGGAAGGGGCUUUUUUUCUAUUCAAUACCUGCAGUGGAUUUGUUUUCAUCCAUGCUGUGCACAUGUUCUGUGUUCCCAGUCAUAUUAUUUUAUUUAUUUCAUUUGAAUAGGAAAAAACAACAGCCCGUGAAACAUUAAAACCAAAUAUAACAACAGCAAUAAAACAAAAACCUAAAAUGUUAGUCUAGAUAUUUAUAUGUGUAUAUAAAUGUUGACUUAUACCCAUCCCACUUAAAAGGAUGAGCACAACAAGAGGCCAUAGACAUAAUGAGUUAACUCUCCAAUUUAAGGGCCAAAGACUUGGGUAAAUAAGUGUUUUUGCUUGGCACCUAAAGACAGACAAUGAUGGUGCCUGGGGAGAGCAUAUUCCAUAAGUGGAGGCCAUCACUGAAAAGUCCAUUCAGUUGCAGUAUUACUACAACAUUUGCAGCUUCCAUAACAAUACAGUCAUAUAUCCGCUUACGUAUCCCCCUGGAUGCAUAAACUUCGGGAUGUGAACGUGGCAAACCCGGAAGUAUUUCCCCGAGUUUCGCCACGCAUGCAUGCGCAGAAGCACUCUACACAUGUGCAGAAGCGGUCCUCCGGUUGCAAAUUCCUCGGGAUGCGGCCGGACCUCCGGUAUGGACCCCUUUCGCAACCAGAGGUACCACUGUAUUUGAAACUCGCUUUCAAGGUUUCCUCCUUUCUGUUUUGACAAUAUAUUACGUAUUCUAUAAUAAUGUUUAUGAGCAUAUGUUUAGAUGAGAUGUGCCUCUCUUUACAGCUUGAAAAAAGAUAAACCAGAUGGCUAAAAUGUGUAUUUUGUUGGUAUGAAAUUCUACAUUUUGAAAUUUACUUAAAGCUAUAAAAGUUGUAGGUUUUAGUUCUAGAAAUUGCUAUCUUGCUUCCUUUUCUUGGAAUCUUAGACCUAAAUACAUUUGCUUAAAGUAAAAAUGAGUCCAUGAAAGAUCAACAGAAUAUGUUUCCAAGUAACUGUGAGUAGGAUUGAGAAAGAAGUCACAAAUAUAGAUCUUUCGGAGUAUAUUUUCUUUUGAUUGGUGUGUGUAUAAAGCAAGCUGCUAAAUGACCGAAAAAUGUUUGGAAGACUCUAUCAUUGUUUGCCACUUGAUUUGACAUCCAUAUAGCAGAUUUAGUGCAAAUAACUUUCAAAGACGCCUUCCCAUUCACCUGAAGCUUUUGUCGUGUCAAGUACUAGAUAGAUGCAAUCAAGGUUGCCGAUUCUCUUGGGGUCAGGCAGCUAGCUGUCUGUGAGCAUUUCACAGUGAAUAGAGAUUAUGGAUCACGUACUCUUAAUCUACUUUUGGAAGGUUUGUGUGAGGACAUGCUGACUUUCCUCCCUCUCUAAACCAGAUGUUAAAAAGGUAAUGUUCACUGAGAGGUGGAAACAGACUUUUUACAUAAAUAAGCAGUCCCACUGAAAGUAAUGAGAAAUGUAUAUGAUUGUAGUUAGAUUACUUUUGUAGCUUUUCACUUGGCAUGCACUAGUUGCUUCAGUGGUUCUUGAAUAGGAGAUAUACAAGGUCAGACCAGCUUCAGAGGAAGCUGUUCUCACUGAGGUCUACAUAGGAGGAAGCUCAAUAUACCUUCUGGGAAAAUAGCUGCUUUUUAAUGUGUGUGUAUGUCUUCAAAUUAGUGAUAUUUUGACCUUCACAUCCACCAGUUCAGCUUCUGAACUGGGAGCAUGUAAAAGCUUAAGAUCUACUAUUUUGCUAGUAGUCUCUGGUACUACAUCUUUCAGACGUCCAAGUUGGGCUUAGUCAAAAUGCCUUCAGCUGAUCUGUUGUGUGGCUUCAGUACCAGGCAAGACCUGGGAAUUGUGUUCACUGAAAUCUUAUUUAUUGUGCACAGUAUAUAAUGUUUGCAUAUCCAUGGGGUUCUGCAGUGGUUAUUGUGUCUGGCUUCACAUUGUAGACAGGCCACAGUUCCCAUUUUGGGAACAGAACCUGAGAGCUAAACAAGGUCUUUAAGGCUACAGGGCAAAAGUGGGACUUGAAUCCAAGUCCAACUCUCUUACAAUGCAUGGCCUUACUCUGGCCCAUGAAAAUCUAAAGCAUGGGUGGGGAACUUUUCCUUUCCUUUGGGGACUGGAUGCUGGAAGUGGGCAGGACCAAUGACAAAAGUGGGCAGGGCAGGCCACCCCUUCUUUCUCUCUCUGCCACCCCUUCUUUCUCUCUCUGCCACCCCUUCUUUCUCUCUCUGCCACCCCUUUCUCACUUUCUCCUUCUUCCUCGCUCGCUUAGGGGAGGGAUGGAUUGCUCUUGCCUCACACGUUCUUUUACCACUUAGCCCAUUGGGGCUCUCUUUUCCCUCCACCCACACCACCUGGUUUCCCUUUUCCUUGCCAGACGUCUAAACUUGUUUGCUUGCAGACAGCUCCCCGCCUUGUUCCAUUGCUCUGCCUGUUUUGGCUUCCUCUCCCCCCCCUCACUGUCCUCUUUCCCCCCUCCUCCUGGGUUUCCACCACCAACAUGAAGCUGCAGGUUUUCCACCCCAGCCUAGUCUUUGGAACUUGGGAUCACUUGAGAAAUGGCGGCCCCAAAGAAACGAAUCUCUAUGUCGCUCUGUGCGUUGCAACACACUAAUCAAACUGCUUUUUUGUUUUGUUUUUGUAUUUCCAGGCUAGCCGAUUCAUAUUUAAAAUGGAAGUUGACAUUAAUGGGGAGUCCAGGUCUAUCCUAGCUACUCUCCCGUUGCCUAUUGCUGAUGUGAGUGGCACCGGCAAGGCCGAGUCCGAGAAACCUCGCUGCUCCAGCACCCCAUGUUCUCCGAUGCGCCAGACUGUUUCAGGCUACCAGAUCCUCCACAUGGAUUCUAACUAUUUGGUUGGCUUCACGACAGGGGAGGAGUUGCUGAAAUUAGCUCAGAAGUGCACUGUAGGGGAGGAGAACAAAGUCGAAGCGGUAGUGCCUACUUUGCGUUCCAAACAGCUCGAUUCAGGACUUUCCCGCUCCUCCCGGGUGUGUAAAGCCAGAAGCAGGUACUACCAGCCUUACGAGAUCCCGGCGAUCAAUGGCCGGAGAAGGCGGCGGAUGCCCAGCUCAGGGGAUAAAUGCACCAAGCCACUACCUUAUGAACCCUACAAGGCUUUUCAUGGUCCUUUGCCUCUUUGCCUUUUCAAGGGUAAAAGGGCUCACUCUAAAUCCCUAGACUACCUCAAUCUGGACAGAAUGAACAUCAAGGAACCAGCCGACACAGACGUACUUCAGUAUCAGCUCCAACACCUCACCCUAAGAGGGGACCGUAUGUUUGCUCAGAACAACACAUGAAGAUAAAUUGCCCUUGGCUCAUCUUCGCAUCAAAAAGCUCUUUACAAGGUGGACAAGCCAUGCACGGGGUUCUUGGCUGCAGCAGCAAAGUGUUACCAGACCACUGUUUGUAUGAGUUAAGAUUAUGAAGAUAGCAUGGGGUGGAAAUCACGUGGAAGGAACUACUUGGAAAUUCUGUCUGCAGAUAUCUUUAGAACAGUAUAACAAAACAGGGGGUUUUGCACAUGGAUACCUGGACUUGACAAUAUAAAUUCGGAAAUCGGUGUACUAUGACUUCUGUUUCUAACUGGACUCGCUGUAAGAAAUUACUCAUGGAUAAGCACUGAACUACACUCUUACUUAAUACUAAGCAUAUGUGUGUAAAUGUAAUGACUUUUGCAUCAUAGGAAAAAUAAGUUUGAGUAAGCCCAUGUGCUCUUUAAAAGAAUCCAGUUUACAUUUGCCGUAACUGGUUUUGCACUGGGGGAAAAGCAAAACGAAAAGCAAAAAAAGAAAAAGAAAAAAAAAGAUGAAAUUAAGCCUGAGUACUUAAGUUACUACAACUUUUAAAAAAAUGUAAUUGAAUUACUUUUCAAGUUCCAAAUUGAUUUCAUUGUAAUUAAAACAAAAACAAACUUCGACUGUUUUGGAGAAAAAUGGAAUAUUGGAAGGCAAACAUUAACAGAUUUUAAUUUAGUUUUGUUUGUUUCUUUAAAAAAAAGUUGUCUUAACACCUACAUGAGGAUCUUUAUGUUGUGUAUAUACAUCGUGAACAGCUGCAUCUGCAUCUGCAGUAUACAAAUACUAGUUUAGAUUCUAGAACUACCAUAUUACAUUAUUAUUGUUGCGGGGAGGGUCUUGCUAGACCACAUUUUAGCACUGCACCUGAACAUUCCAGUUUAUUUACAGCACUGAAUACUACUUUUUAAACCUGGAUUUGGGUUUGUUCGUUUGUUUUUUAAAAAGCCUUGAAGGCUUUUACUGGAUUAUGAAUCAUGUUGAAUGCACUGAUUUAAAAUGUUUCUUUGAAAAAUCAUGUCAAAAAAAAAUAUCCUAAUUUAUCUUGGCUUAACCAUAGCAUUUAAAAAUAAUGGAUAAUUUUGUUUGUUAGUCUCUUUAGGAUGUGCAGUUUAUUACUGAAGCAGUGUACAACCGUUUAAUGUUUUUGAUCUGUAAGUUAUUUAGAAGUGAAAGCUUCAAUUUUGAAGAAAUUGACUGUGAAACAAAAUCAUUUAAAAAUAAUAAUAAUAAUAAUUCCUGGCACUGUUCUGACUUUUCUGAGUAGAAAGACAGGGUCUCUUGGGAAGAAUUGGAGAAGGGAGCACAUGCUUUGGAAAACUAGGCUUUGUCUCAUCUUUGACACCUUUCCCCCACAGUUAUGUCGAACCUGCAGAAUCUGUCAAAAGAUUUUGUUUAACUUUGAGGGAGCGCUAGUAAUUAUUACAACUUGCACCGUUAUAUUGUAGUGAAUAAUGAUUUCUUAAGGAACUAUUCCUACAUAGCUUUUAGUUUGACCAGAAGAAUACCGUCCAAUGCCAAAGAGGGUUUUUACACUUAUUGAUUAAACAUUAUUUAUUGAUUUUACCCUGUGGAACGACAUUGUUGACUAUGAAAUAAAAAGGAUGACGUGCAUACUUUUAUAUGGUCCUGGCGUGUGUUGUUGCUUUGAGAGUUAGACACUUGGUGAUGUGCCUAAAGUGUGUGGCAACACUCCCUUCCCCCGCCCCCCAACAUUGUAAUAGCAAGAAAUGCUGCAAGCUGUGUUUGUGUAGAGCUCAG